AAGAUGGCUGUCGUUCGAAGGUUUUUUCACAGUUCUUGUUUUAAGAAUAACAUAAUUUUGGAUACCCGUAGUUUAUUUAAACAACCCAAUAGGACUUGUUGCAAAAGGAAUGUGCAUAAUAGCAAUGCAUUGAGAAACAAAUCAAAUCAAUAUGAAUAUGAUCUAGAGAUCUUGCCAUACAGUAAGACAAGACUGAUCCUACGACCACUGGCUUUCACCCUUGCAGUAUCCUCAGGAUGUUUUGUCGCAGCGACAAUUGCACAGUAUGAAACAAUGAGAGCAAAUUUAGCCCAACAUUAUGAACGAGGUUUUUCACAUGUUGAAAAGAAAUUGUUUAAAUUUAGACAACAGAUGAAUAAAUGGGUGAACGCAAUGCAUCCUGGUGAAAAAACUGCUUCAGUUAUUAUCGCGCUUAACGUUGGUGUUUUCUUGCUAUGGAGAAUUCCGAGUCUGCGUAUAACCAUGACAAAGUGGUUUACAGCAACCCCUCUCUCAGGUUUAUCUUCGCCGAUGUUUCUCAGUUGUUUUAGUCACAUUGAAACAUGGCAUUUGGCCUGUAAUAUGAUUGUAUUAUGGAGUUUCUCACCAGUUAUUCAUGAUAUGUUAGGUAGAGAGCAGUUCUUGGCGUUUUAUAUUAGUGGAGGGUUAUGUUCGGCAUACAUCAGUCAUUUGUUCAAGCUGAUAACAAGUAGCUAUGUUGCGUCUCACGGAGCGUCUGGUUGUAUCCUUGGCGUCCUAGCUGCUGUUUGUGUUGCUAAUCCUGAUGCCCGCUUGGCAAUCUUGUUUUUACCGUUUUUCUCUUUUCCUGCAUCCAAGGCACUGAUUGGACUUGUGAGUUUUGACUUGGCUGGAUUAUUGUUUCGUUGGGGACUUUUUGACCAUGCAGCUCAUUUGGGUGGUGUAGCGUUUGGCAGUUGGUAUAUAAUGUUCGGGCACAAAUAUCUCUGGGAUAAAAGGCUAGUGCUUACCCGAAAAUGGCAUGAAUUUCGACAGACGUUUUCCAGAUAGUUUGCUGAAAGGUUGUAUUUGUACAUGUUAUACCUAACGCAAAGGCAAACAUCGGCGUGGCCAAAAUAGGACAAAACAAGGUUAAAAUGAGGGAAAAUGACGUGAGAGUUCUAAUGGGUGUGAGGCAUACAUAACAGUGUGCACGUUCAACCUAGUACUGACACUUCGAGCAAAUAGCCUGGGUAUACGAUAUAGGGCUCACCACCAUUGUUGCAUUUUUACAUACGAACACGUACGUAAAAGUUUAAAUUUCUAAGAAAAAAAGAUUUUAAAUCCUUAUGUGCGCGAAAAUACAUAAAAAAGCGCAUAAUGUAAAUCGGAAAACACUGGAAAAUAUAAACAAAAGUUGAAAACGGUCAUAAGUGAUGUUCUCCAUUGUGCGUUUUUCAUACGUGAGUAUACGAACGAGAAACGGACGAGAAAUUAUGGAUAACUACUGAAAAAAUAAACGAAUACACAUUAAAUAUUACAGAAAACUCAAUUAUACAUAACGCAAGGACAUUACAGCUCAAGGGAUGAUGGUUAUUGGUAUUCACUAUUCGGAUUCGUUAAUUUGGAAAUUUGUCUUUUUGAAUAUAUGACAGGAUAUUAUGCAUGCGAGGACAAACACUAAAAAAAUUCACGUGUUGAAUGGGUUAUAACAGGUCCCAGCGUAAGACAUUAUCCCUUUCGCACUCAGAGUAGCAAUUUAAAAGACUGUAUUAAAUUAGCGGUAUAUGUCUCAGCUCGCAUUAAUAUCUUGUUAUAAAUAGUACCUUCUGCCUCGAUAUAGAAUUCCUGUUCUUGAGAAAAUUGUUUAUGGUGUGACCGCUGAUUUGUUGUGACAAGUUAUCUUGUUUAGACAACCAACUUUGGCGGCGUCGUGCCUAUAAUAAUAUUCGUAUUCACUAGAAAAAGUUUCACGGGAUGAUGUAUGGAAAUGGGUUGAAAUUCCUUGCUAAGUGAAAGUUAUUUUAGAGAUAGUGUGCUGCCUCGCUUAGUCAGUUGUUGGGUUGGAAAUUUGCCAACGUAAUAUGUACGGCUAGUAUUACAACAACGAUAACAAUAAUUAAGCUAUCUCCUUGACUCUCGACGAUUUUUUAAACAGUAUUUUUAGAAAUUCAUAUUGAUGUAUGCUUUUUUGUGAUAGUCGGGAAAGCAUUUAAUGUCUGAGUUGUGUUAUAAAAUUCCAUGUAUUCGUGCAUGAUAUAUAAAUAGACACACACACCUAACAAUGUGCGUCAGCAGAGGUGCGUCAGAGAAAGUAGUUUUACAUAACAUUUCUUAAAUUUUAUAAUGGACCUAAAUAUUAUCGGGUCUUAAUUAUAAAUAGUAUUAUUAAUGGAAUCCAUGUUUAUGAACUCAGGGGAACUAGUCAUUGUUAAUGGGGUUAUCAGUCUUGAUAAUAACUCGUCAAACCUUGGCCAGCUACCAAAACAAAAAGUAUUUAAAAAACAAAUCUCGUGGGGUGACAUUCUUAUGACAUUCUUAUUCUAAAUCAAACCAAUGUCCUAAUUGUCCUUCAGUGGGAAUGAAUCUACGCCUGUUCGAGUAGUGCUUUGCAAAACAAAGGCUGCGUUCUUUGUGGUAGUAUACCAUGGCCGUAGGGUGUGAAGUGAGUGCGAGAUGGCGAAGUUGAGUUGCGCUUUCAAAAGAUGUUGUAUAUUCUCUACAAAUUGUUUAAGUAAUCCGUAAAUAUAACGACCAACAUCAUUACAUCGUAGGUUUUAGCGGACCUGUGAUCGAGGAUGAAUUUUAGUCUGUAUUACAUCUCUCAUCUGGCAUAUCUCAUUUUUCCACACAUCCUCAUGGCCUCCUUUUCCAUGAAGCAGGAUCUAUCGACAGACUCGACACUAUCCAGGCAUUUUCAAUUGUUUUUAAUUAAGGGAAAUUUGAUUAGCGGUCAGUUUUUUAUUUAGUAUACUACUGCUAUAAAUAACAUCAUAAUAUGGUCUAUGACGUAGGUGAAAAUGGUCAGAUAAUUUGUCCAUUUAGUGAUUGAAAUUUACACAGAAAUUUUAAUAGCAGCAAUCUUUGUUUAAAACUCUUUGAAACAAUUCCAUAAUUUCCGUUAGGCAUGUCUCUUGCCAUACCUGAUACCUCCAUUACAGUUAUCAGUCCCACAAUAAUAUCAUUUCUUGACAAAACAUUGUAUGUUGAUAUAUAAGA